AUGGCUGAUGCAAAUAGGCAAAACUAUACUUCGCUCGAGAAAGCGGUUUUAGCAGAAUGUGUUUUAAAAUACCGCCAUAUAAUUGAAAAUAAAGUUACUAAUUCAGUAACUAACAAAGAAAAAAAAAAAAAUACGUGGGAUUUGAUCGAAAAAGAAUUUAAUAGCAUUCCGGAAGUUACCGUACGUACUGCAACACAAUUGUAUAAUUGCUAUAGAAAUUUGAAAAGAAAAGCCACGAAACGGAAAGCAGAAGAGAGGAUAGAACUUUUUCGAACUGGAGGCGGCCCUGCUGUAACGAAUGAAAAUGAUAAUAUUGACGAAACAUUAUUUGCCAUGGGUGCAAUAACACGUCCACUGGAGAAUGUGUAUGAUAGUGAUCAUUUAUAUCAUAUGCAAACUUCCUAUUCUGAUGAGUACACAAUUUCAAACUGUGAAAUAGAUGCAGAUGAUUUAAAAAGAGCUAACUUGGGAAAUGGAUCUAAAGAAAUGAAUGAAAUCAGACAUGAACAGCAAGGGCCAAACUUAGAUUUUGUAACACAAGUCAAGGCUACUGAUUCUCCCUUCACAGGCAUCAGGAAGUCAAAAAGGCAAAAUGUAUUCACCAAUGGUAGAAACGAAGGCUGAUAAAUCAUCAAAAAUUAUGCCUACACCUAAACUACUGAGGAAAGCCAAAAGACAGCCUCCAGCAUCUAAUGCAGCUGCAGCUGCUCUGGUAGAACAUUCAGAACUAAAAUCGAAAUUUCUCUCAGAGGAACAUGAAUUAACAAUGAAAUUAAAAAAAGAAGAACAUGAAUCAACAAUGAAAUACAGAAAAGAAGAACAUGAAUUAACAAUGAAAUACAAAAAAGAAGAACAUGACAUGAAAAAAGAAGAUCAUGACUUUAAAAAUGGAAAUUUUAAAGAGAGACUUAGAAAUUAAAAGAAAUAUACUUGCUGUCAUACAGAAUGAUCCUAAAAAAAUUAAUUUCAGUUGAAAUCUGUAUCUGAGGAAUUACCACGUUAUAAUUUUGUAAAGUAUAUUGCAUUUUAUAUUUCUAAUAAUUUUAAGUACCUGUUUAAUAAAGUUUGCAAACUUAAAAUUAACAGAACAUAGGCGAAUAAAUAUUUUACAUUUUUAUGAUCUUAAGUAUCUGUUUCACAUAAUUUCAUUUCUUAAUCCACAAUUCACCUAAUAGCAAUGCACCAAUAAUAUUUUAUUGUCUACUAACUAUACCUAG